UACUAUCUCUUUAAAUAUUUCCUUCCUUUUUCAAAUCAGAAUGUCUUCUUCAUCUCAUUAUCAUUAUCAUUACCAACCAAAUAAUGAUGAUGAUGCUGAAUUUGAAUCCCUCUUUGAUGAAUUAUUACAAAUCCCUGAUAUUAUUGUUGAACCGAAAGAGCGAAGAAAACGUAUUUUUAUUGAGAGAAACCGAGAAGAAGGCAACAUCAAACUCUGGAAUGAUUAUUUUUCUGAAACUCCUACAUACCCUUCCAAUAUAUUCCGUCGCCGGUUUCGUAUGAGUAAGUCAUUGUUCUUGCUUAUUGUGCAUCGUCUCUCUACGGAAGUAGAAUAUUUUGCUGAAACAGAAGAUGCGGUCGGAAGGUCAAGUCUAUCAGCGCUCCAAAAAUGCACGGCAGCCAUUCGUCAAUUAGCAUAUGGUGGUGGGGCGGAUACGGUAGACGAAUAUGUGCGACUUGGUGAAACAACAGCUCGAAAAUGUUUGCACAAGUUUACCGCCGCAAUUAUCCAAUUGUUUGGCGAAGAAUACUUAAGACGUCCAACAUCAGAAGAUCUUGAAAGACUACUACAUAUCGGAGAAGAGCGUGGAUUCCCCGGGAUGAUUGGAAGCAUCGACUGUAUGCAUUGGGAGUGGAAGAAUUGCCCCUCCAACUGGAAAGGUAUGUAUUCACGAGGAACCGAUAAACCAACCAUUGUGUUGGAGGCCGUAGCUUCUUACGACCUCUGGAUAUGGCACGCAUUUUUUGGAGCUCCAGGUACUAUGAACGAUCUCAAUGUUCUUGAUCGAUCUCCUGUUUUUGAUGAUAUUAUUUAUGGAAGAGCUCCGGGAGUCGACUUCACUGUCAACGGAAGGGAGUACAAUUACGCCUACUAUCUCACCGAUGGUAUUUAUCCGGAGUGGGCCACAUUUAUUAAAUCUAUCCGACUACCACAAGGAGAUAAAAACAAAUUAUUUGCUAAAAAACAAGAAUCUGUCCGGAAAGAUGUUGAGCGUGCUUUUGGAGUCUUGCAAGCUCGAUUCGCCGUCAUUAAGAAUCCAUCUAAUUUAUGGGAUAAAUCGAAGAUAGCAAAUAUUAUGAGAGCAUGUAUAAUACUCCAUAAUAUGAUAGUGGAAGAUGAACGACGUACACAGAGUCCAGAUGAAACGUUUCAAGAUGCCGAUAUUUCUUUUUGCGUCAAGAUGCCUACUCAGCAAUUCGAUAAUGUUGAUUAUGUCGCUCAACAAAUUCGGGAUACACCAAUCCAUACUCAAUUAAAACUUGAUUUGAUCGAAAAUAUAUGGGAGAAAUUUGGGUUUGAAAAUUAA